AUGGUUGGAAGCAGGAUUAGGGUGGCAGUAUGGUACGUGACGCACCGACUCUGCAGUUGGGAUCACAAGGUCACGCGUCGCAGUGGGGCAGGCAUCGGCGGGCUCGCUUUGGCUGUCGUCCUUGCGACAUACGCCGACUCGUCAGUGGAAGUUGCUGUCUAUGAAGGCGCUCCGGCAAUCACCACUGUGGGCGCUGGGAUCAGUGUGUGGAAAAGGACCUGGCGUAUCAUGCAGCUCUUAGGCCUUGAUGCUGAGUUGGCUAAAAAGGCGAUUGAACCGCCUGACGACUCUCCAAGGCCAGGACUUGCUUUUCGAAGGUCGGAUCAAUUGUAUGCUGGCUAUGAUUUCGAUCAAAUGAUAAUGCCAUAUGGCGCCAUCACCCUGCAUAGAGCGGACGUUGUGGACAUAUUAAAGCGUAAAAUACCCAAUAGGUAUUCGGUUUCGACGUCAAAGAGAGUAAAAGCCUACACAAGGGAGUUAGACGGAUCUAUAACGCUACACUUCACAGAUGGUAGUCUUGCCAACUGCGAUGUUCUUGUGGGAGCUGACGGUAUACAUUCCCGAAUCCGCCAAAGCAUGUUCCGUCGCAUAGCGGAACAUGACGGCAUGAGCGACAUCGCAGAACUGGACUCCAUCCAGAGCAAAACCGGUCCAGUGUGGACGGGCACUUUGGCAUACCGGUCCUUGAUCCCCAAGGAAACCUUGGAGUCCUCCGCUUUAACAGCUUGUGUAGUCCUCAUCCCCUGCGUACAGCAUUUUAUUGCGUAUCCUGUCUCUCAAGGCCGCCUCAUCAAUGCGGUUGGAUUCUACACUGUCCCUCGGGCGGAAGGGACCCCAUUCGAUGGCACAUGGGUCACCGAUGUUUCGCGUCAGGAAGUCAUGGAUCGCUUCGGUGCCUUUGAACCCGAAGUGCAAGCAAUAGCUAAGUGUAUGGAAUGCCCGUCGCGAUGGGCCAUCCACUCCAUGGCCUCACUACCUCACUACGCUUACGAAAGAGUGGCAAUCAUCGGAGACGCGGCGCAUGCAAUGACGACUCAUCUGGGUGCGGGUGCGGGUCAAGCUAUGGAGGUAAGCGAUGCCUAUGUCUUGGGGCGACUGUUGGCUCAUCCGUCCUUGACUCUGGACAAGAUCCCAGACGCCUUACGCAUUUAUGAAGAGAUCCGCUUACCUUUUGCUAACACGGUCGUCAAGGAGUCCGAGAUCACAGGCUUGUUAUACGAAUUUAACGGUACUAUGUACGACGGCCUCGAUCGGUCCAAGGAGAGAGAAGAGCUACAUACUCUAGCAAAGCAGAUAGAGAAACAGUGGGAGUGGCACUGGACAAAGGAGUUCGACAAGGACUGGGAGCGGGCCGAAACUCUGCUCUCAGACGUCCUAGGAUAG